UUUGCUGGCGGAGAUAGAAAGUUUAAGGGUAGCUGCGGAAAAAAAUAGAUAGCGAAUGCCCCAAUGGCUUUCCGCAGGAGAAACAAAAGUUACCCGUUCUUUAGCCAGGAAUUUUUCAUACAGAACCAUGCAGACAUCGUCUUUUGCUUGGUGGUUUUCAUUCUGAUUGGACUGAUGUUUGAGGCAACUGCAAAAACAGCCUUCCUCUUCAUCCUCCCACAGUACAACACAAGCACAUUGUCCCCAGAGGGGGAGGUGUCAUUGUAUCACUACGGAUGGAGGGACUGCGUUACCAUCCUCUUCUAUUUCUUCAUCACCAUCAUCAUCCAUGCUGUGGUACAGGAGUACGUGCUAGAUAAAGUGAACAGGCGGCUGCAUCUUUCGAAGAGUAAGAACACCAAGUUCAACGAGUCGGGCCAGCUGUGCGUGUUCCACCUGGUCUCAUCUGUGUGGAGUCUUUACAUCAUUCUCACGGAAGGAUAUAUCCCGAAUCUUAGCAGCCUAUGGGAGAACUAUCCUCAUGUACUUUUGAGGUUCCAGGUGAAGUUUUUCUACCUCUGCCAGCUGGCCUACUGGCUCCACGCUCUGCCUGAGCUCUACUUCCAGAAAGUGAGGAAGGAAGAGAUUCCUCGCCAGCUGAAGUACAUUUGUCUAUACCUGUUGCACAUUACAGUGGCCUACCUGCUCAAUUUGACUCGAGUUGGGCUGGUGCUGCUCUUCCUGCAGUAUAUUUCGGAGCUGGGUUUCCACGUCUCGCGGCUCUUCUACUUCACUGACGAGAGCCACCACAAACUGUUUGACAUGUGGGCCGUGGGCUUUGUGUUCACCCGCAUGGUGACGCUCACACUGCUGUUCCUGGCGGUGGGCUUUGGGCUGGCAAGAGUGGAGAACCAGGAUCUGGACUGGGAGGCAGGGAACUUCAACACUGUUUUAAUGAGGAUGACGGUGCUGCUGAUGGUGUGCCUGACGCAGGCCUGGCUCCUGUGGAAGUUCAUCCGCUUCCAGCUACGGCGCUGGCGUGAGUUCAGACAGGAGCAGGCCGCCCGCAAGAGGGUGGCGGCUAAGCAGCUCUCCCGGACGGUCAAGAGGGACAACGGGGCACACGAGAACGGCGUGAUCAAGGCGGAGAACGGAGCCUCGCCACGACCCAAGAAAAUCAAGGCUCCUUAACCUCGCCCCUGGGCUGACCUGGCCUCGCCCCGCUAUCGGAACAGGAAACUGGUUACCGGUCGUCGUGUUGUGCUUGGAAACCUUGAGGCAACACAGGUGCCCAGUUCUUGGGCACCAGGGUACCACGUUGGGAGAGAUACCCGAUAACCUUGAACCCUGACGAUCGUUUCCUCUCAUCAGUAUUUUCUUUUUUUUUUUUUUUUUUUUUUAACUCAUACUGGCUGGC